AGUGGCGCGGUCUCCAUCAUGGCGGCGGCCUUGGAGAGCGCCCUGCAGGCGGCCGGGCCCGGGAUCUGCCCUGGGGCGGAGGCGGUAGACGCCGUGCGGGCGGCCUUGGCUGCGGCGGGGGAUUCAGCGGCACUCGGCGAGCGAGAGUGGGCGCGCCUCGGCGCCUUCCUGCGCAACCUGGCGGCGGGGCCGCAGGAGCCGGCCGGCCCGUGGCGGAGCCUCUUCCUGGAGGGCCCGCCCGAUCUCGCCUUCUGCGCGCUGACCGACAGCCUGGCGGCCCCGCGCCCCGGCUGGCGGCUGGCGGCGGUGCCCGAGGCGCUGGAGCGGUUCCUGCGGCAGGGCCGCCUGUCCGCGCUCAUCUGGGAGCAGUGCCAGCAGCAUUCCCGGCCCGGCUCGGCCGAGCGGCAGGACGCGCUGCUGGGCAGGAUCGUGUGUCUGCCCGACCUCGUCGGCAACAGCCUCCAGGGCCGGAGCCCCGCCGUGUUCUUCCCGCAGCAUUACUUCCCUCUGCUGGGCGGCGCGGUUCUCCAGGUGCUGCACAACGUCUCCACUUCGCUCAGAGAUGGCUUGGAUUGCUCAGUCUCUUUCGUUUCACAUAUUCUGGGAAAGGUCUGCAUUCAUGGAAGACAAAAGGAAAUUCUGAGCGUUUUGGUGCCCCACCUCACGGAUCUCACCAAGUCUGACUGCAUCUGGCAGAGAAUUUGCUGGCGGUUGGUUGAGUGUGUGCCAGACCGCUGGAUGGAGGCAGUGGUCCUUGGUUUUGUUCAGAGAGCACCGGGGGCAGAUGUCUUGUCUAGGUUGCUGGGGAACCUGGUUGUGAAAAAUAAGAAAGCUCAGUUUGUUGUGACACAGAAGAUGCUGCUGUUGCAGUAUGGCUACACGACUGCAGUGCUGCAGAAUCUUCUUGGCUAUCUGUCCCUGGAUGGUCUUCGUCGUGCCUUACUGAUCAAGGUGCUGCAAGAGCUGUUGGAGACCUGGGGCAGCAGCAGUGCAGUGAAACACUCUCCAGUGGAGCAGCAGCAGUACAUUAGUAAGGCCAUUCUUAUCUGCCUUUCUCACCUGAAGGAACCCGAAAUAGAGAGCUGCAGACAAGAACUUCUCACGAGCAUGAUGGAGGGCGUGAAGUGCCACCUGGAUAGCAGCCUGCCACAGAUACGGCGCCUGGGGAUGAUAGUGGCAGAGAGCAUUAGUUCAAAGAUUAACACGGAUGGGCCCGUCCUCAAGUUUCAGUAUGAAGAAGAUGAUGAAGCAAGAGAACUGAAGUCCCUUCUGGUACAACCUGCGCCACUCAGUGUCCUCCCAGGUCUUCCAGACAAUGAGAAUGAGAAUGCAGAGGCUGCACUGCCACCAGUACUGGAAAGUAAUAGCAAAUCACCUACAGCAACGACUCACCUGCUGCCAGAUGAGGAGUCAGAUUCUGAGCUUGACAGUGAUGAUGACCUUAUACCUUACGACAUGUCAGAGGAUAAAGAACUGAAGAAGACUAAGGCUCCAGUGUAUAUUCGAGACUGUAUUGAAGUUCUGACAGGUUCUGAAGAUCUGGACAAAUGGGAAGAAGCUGUCAAGGCUCUUGAGAGCUUGGUUCGAAAGAAUCCAGCGGCAGCAAGAGAGGUUAGUGUGGAGCUGGCAAAAAUACUGUUGCAUCUGGAGGAGAAGACCUGCCUGGAAGGCUUUGCAGAGCUCCGUCAGAAGGCACAAGUAGCUGUUUUAACCACUGAUCCAAUACCUGUAGCACAGUACUUGACCUCCCAGUUCUAUUCUCUGAACUACAGUCUUCGUCAGCGCAUGGAUAUUCUCGAUGUAUUGGUUUUAGCAGCUCAGGAACUGUCCUGUGCCAAAGGCCGUGGGAAGACCAAAUAUUCUGGUGCCCAAAACCCUCGUAUCCAGGUCCUUCCUGAGAGUGGCAGCUCCAAGGACUGGAGAAGAAUUGUUGAUGAGAGAAUCAAAAGCAAGAUGAGGAGGUUUGCUAAGGGGCAGUCUCAAGUGGAACAGCCUUCUCGUCCAAAUGAGUUCAAUUCUCUUGCUGGACACUUCUUUUUUCCAUUGAUCCAGAACUUUGACAGGCCUUUGUCAACGUUUGAUCUCCUGGGGGAAGAUCACUUUGUCCUUGGAAGACUGGUCCACACUUUAGCAGUCCUGAUGUACCUGGCUGUCAACACCAUGGCAGUUACUACAAUGGGAAAGGCACUGCUGGAGUUUGUUUGGGCUCUGCGUUUCCACACUGACUCGUACGUGCGCCAGGGGCUUCUGUCCUGUGUCUCCUCCAUACUCCUCAGUGUUCCUGCAGAGCAUCUUCUGCAAGAUGUGACGGAGGAAAUUCUGGAGACUCGGUCCUGGCUGGAAGAUGUGGUAGAGAAAGAUCCAGAUGGGGACUGCAGGAGGUUGGCCUUGCAGAACUUGCUACUAAUGGAGAACCUGAAGAAGAAACUGGAAACUGCCCCUUCCUAGCUGAAGGGCAAAAGAAAUGACCUUAACCUCAUCCUCUUGCCAGCUGGACUUGUGUAGGCACUGCUGGGGCCUCUUCAGCAGUCACCUGGCUGGAGAAGAGGAAGAAGGGGGAAGGGUGCAGUGCUGUACGCCAGCGAACCUGACUUGACAUCUGGACUUUGUAGUGGAGGCCAACUUAGUGAGCUAUUGCUAUCCGGUACGGGGUGUACAGAUGCAGGAAGGUAGGCGAGCGCUGCCAUCCUCCCCUCGCCCCCAGCCCCCACCCCAGCUAUUUAUAACCUUGGCAGGUUUGAAUGCUCUGCUAAAAAUACAGGGAAGAUCUCAUAGCAGACUUCUUGUCAGAAAAACAGGAGGGCUGGAAGCAGCCACUUACCUCCCAGGGCUGUCUGUGACAUCCCCUGACAAAGGCUUCCAUCCUCUAGCAGCAUUGGAGGGCUGCUGCUUCAAGGGGGAGGUGGUGUAGGGGAUGACCCUGAGAGAUGGAAGCGCUGAAUAGCUGCAGUGAAGUUCUGAAAUAAAUUGCCAAGCGUUAAAGGUUUGAGCUAGAGCUGCACUGGGGUGAGGAAGGAACAAAGUAAUUAAUUCUUUCUGUAUAAUACGCUUACAGAAUGGAGAUUCUUCUAAAGUAACUGAGGACCAGAUUCUGAUCUUAAAAUGUUCCUUCACCUUUCUUCCCUGAGUGCAUACAAUUCAAAGCUUUCCUGGUCACAAUAAUGACCAGGUCAUCAUCAAGUAUCAUCAAAAUCACUGUAAGCAGAAGGGCUCAUUAAUCUGGAAGCUCUGUGCAUGACACUUCCAUGGGGCACCAUAAGACACUGAAAGAUCAGUGAGCCCUUGGUUAUUGAUGUUGGCUUUAUGUUCCAUGGAUGGCUGGUCCCAUUUGUGCCAGAAGGAAACUUCCAUUCUAAAAUCUGACGUGUACAGAGCAGUGAGAAGCUUUGUUGGCUGUAGGUGACCCUGCUCAGGGACAGGUGGUGGAGUGUAGGACCAGAUGACAUCUAGGGGUCCUUUCCAAACUCAACCACUCUACGAUUCAGAGGCUUAGUCCAGAUUUCUUGUAAACCACAGCUCCAGCCUGGAUGGCCCCUAUAAUAUUUAAAUAAACCUUUGAGGUGGGGAGAGCGUGCAGUAGAAGGGCAGUGGUUUGACUUCUGCCCAAGCUCCUGGCCACGUGGAACUGAGGUUGUUUUCAGAAGGAAAGAGAAGUAUGUUGGCAUCUGUAUCUGAGAAUUUGGUCACCUCACAAUUUUUCACCUUACUUCCUCCUCAAACAAGGCCUGAGCUUGCAAUGUGCAGCUCUUUUUAAAAAUUUUUCUUUAUUAAAAUACAAAAACUAGAUUCAUACCAGGCUAGGUACAGGGUACAGUCUGCUUUUUGGAUGUAGUGUUUAAAAUAAUCCAUCACUGUUGCUUGUAGAGUCAAGCAGAAAAAAAAUAAAUUUCUUGGUAAUAACCAAAAGAA